CACUUUUCCUUUCCGGAAGAAGUUUCCACAAUGUCGCUGAGCUUUAGUUUAAACUUGAAGCGGGCAGCGGAGUACAAUACUGCGGAACACUUUCGACCCUCUCGACAACACCAACAAAUUCCGGCGGGCAAUGAAUCUGCUAUCCGAAAAGUGGACAACUUUCGGCUCCAGACUGCUCUUGAUUCGGAUGGGGAAUUUUCUGGCAAUGGCGAUGCGUCGACAGAAAGACAAGGCACCACACUCUCCUACUUCGAACGGUCGCAGCGAAUCUCCAAAAUCUUUUUCACGGCCGUGCUUCCGAAGAUGUGCGCCACGCACGCAGCGCGGCUGAAGGCCCGCACCGUCUACUUGUGGAACGUUUUCGAGAAAGAAGUAAAAGAAAUCUUCUCCGGGCAAGGUAGGGGACAACACUCCAAAAGCCGCGCAAGGACAACCAAGUCAAAAACGAACAAGAAAACGUCUGCAGAGCGCCAGUUACUGAAAUCUGAAAAGGACUACGGUCGCGACAGGCAAACGAUGUACUCCCUGCGGGAGUUGGAAAGUGAGGAGCAUCAUUGGGCUAUACCCGAACCUUUGCUGUUCGAAGAGGGACCGAGCGGAGCCGAAGAGGACGGCACUGCAAGAAAGAGCACUAGUGGAAUAAAUACGAACAGGUCAUUCUCGGGCUCGAAAGAAAAAUCAACUUCGAUACCCUCUCCGCCCGCGUCGUCGCUCAGGUCGGAGAAUGCGUGGUUUUUUCUCGCGUUGGUUAUCAUGUUUUCCUCGCGGAAGUACCUGUUCAAGAAGGAGAACUUGUUUCGCUUCUGGCUGUGGAUGCGUAUCGCCGCCGCGUGCAGCACACUGUGGUACGUUCUCGUGAUUUUCACAUUGGAUGAGGGCCAGGUUUUGGACGAUUUGGGCAAAAGCGCGGAGAUGGAAACUCGUUCGUUGUCGGUGGAUGGGAGUCUCCGAUCGUCUACUUUACACGGUGCGGCAACCAGACCAGAGCAUUCGUCUGUCGGUGGAGAGCAGGACAAUGCAUUUUCAGCUGGUGGUACAGAAAUGAUCGGGCGGGUCCUUCCUGAGGAAGAAAACGCAGCAGCUUCCGCGCUCACCCUGUUCGACAAGAAAACCGGCGCGGAACAACAAAACAACGAAGAUCGGAUUGAUUCAGCUUUGCUCAAGGAGAAAACGUACUGGCAAAAAGAGUUGGAAGCCACGAAAAUCCAUCUGGAAACGCUGAUCCGCAUCAGUUCGGCGGAGCAAGCGUCUAUCAAAAGGAAAAAUCCCCCCUCCCCAUAUCGAAAACGAAAUUUGUGUUGCUGUACUUGAGUACACAAAUCGACUUGUAAUGCUAGAAGGCCAAGAGACGCAGCUGUGGCCUCGUUUGCAGGCAAUUUGUCAUGCUGUUUCCCACUUCCAGCUGCCCCCUGUCAUGCUGAAGAUGCAAGGCUUUCCCACGCCAACCAGCACUACAGUCCGCAUCUUUUUCCUUCUAGCAUGACAAAGCUGAUUUGUGACCACAAAUCUGCAUCGCAAAUUUCUAGUUUGAGUAUGGGGAGGAGGGAUUUUUCCUUUUGAUAGCGUCCGGUGGCAGUUCCGACCCGUUCAAUCCGUACGGCGGUCUGGGUGGCGGGCCCUCGCCCUACGGCGGCGGCUUCAUGGACGACUACCUCGGAAUGGGGAUGCGGGACUCCGAAUUCCUCCACACGCGCCAGUACCCGGGCAUGAUGGGAGGAUUAGGCGGCUACGGAGGGGGUUUCGGCGGCGGCGGGUUCGGCGGCGGCUUGCGGGGACAGCAAGCGCUUCUGCAGCACACCGGGGACAUGUACUGUCGAACCCCGCAGUGCUCGCGCGACUACCCGGCCUGCCGCAACAGUUUUUUCACCAACCUUCCCUGCUGCAGCGACCUGAUGUUCGUGAUGCUGGCGGACGUGGCCGAGUUGCUGGAAAAGCUGCACAUUCCCUACUUUUUGCUCUACGGGACGCUAUUGGGCGGCGUGCGGGACCAGGAUAUCAUCCAGCACACGCAAGACAUCGAUUUGGUCGUGGACCGGCGCUACUGGGAGCUGUUCGCGCAGGCGGUGCUGGCGCCGGAAAGUUUGCACAAUUUCGUCUUCAAAAACCAGAAAAUCGCGGACCUGCUGUUGGAAAACUUGCGAAAGGAAGCGAGAGUUGUGACGAUGACGGCUGACUCCGGUACUUCUGCGGCGAUUGCAACAUCCAAGUCGGCUGGUGCUGUUUUGGAGCCGGCUUUCGGUGGCAGUGAAGGAAACACGCAGGCGGAGGAGCACAGUCGAAGUCGUCUGGCGGCAGAUAUAGUAGGUGAACAUGGUGUUGGUGGCAGGGAGAAAGUGAACGAAGUCGCCGGCAAUCUUCAAGGUGCAACGUCGAAGAUGAAACGAUCCGGACAAACGGUCGUGACUGCUUCUAGUACGAGCACCUCUACAAGCACCUCGAGCACGUUCACUUCAACCACGGCGAUGGCGAAACUUGCACUGCUGAUUGACCAAGAAAGCAGCAGCAGCAGCAGCUCAAGUGAGAGCGAAGAAACUGUUGCUGCGAAGAGGAAAAAGGAUUUGGCUACUGCUGGUAUUGCGCAACUCUUGGGGAGUGCGUCGCCCUCUGUAGCUCCCAGCGGAGCAGCACAAUCUUCGUCGGUUGGAAAGGUGGAGAACAAUGGCAGUACUACCACGGCGAAAAAGAGUAAGAAAAAAGUGCAGAAGUCUAUCGCGGAACAAGUGCUUCCGCAGCAGCUCUUGAGGACAACGAACGCCGACGGCCUGUUGCAAGAUACCUUUCCAACCAGUCUGCAGAAGAAAGCAUCGAGUUCGCCGGGCAAGCCGGACGGUGCAAGCAAGAAAUCCUCUGACGAUCAUUCGUCCAAGUCCGCGCCUUCCUCCGCCCGCUUGAUCAGUAAGCAGAAGUGGAAGCAUUUCUUCAAAGGCAUCGAGAAACACCCGUCGCGGCGCUACAACUUUGGCGUGGACCAGUGGGAGCAGAAGGUUGCGCGGGUGUGUGCGGACUACGCUGGCUUCCCGAGCACGCAAUUUAAGCCGAGUUCCGACGUGAAGUCCGACCCGCUGAACAAUCUGGACAUGUUUGGGGAGCAAACCGUGACCGCCAGCAUCGAGCGGGGCGUGGACUAUCACCUGGACUUCUACAACGUGGAUUGGUGGGUCUUCGAGGAGAUGAAACUCGCAGACUGUGUCGGGGACGGAAAGAAAAUCCGCAUCCGCGACCGGUACUUCUCCGUUCCGGCGCGGCCCCGGGCCUGCGUGGAAAAGCUGUACGGGGCAGACUGGAAGACACCGAGGGUGGGCCUCAACGGCGUCAACUGAUGGAAGAAUAGCGUGGUGGGCAGCGUCGCCGGUGAGGCGACGUGGUUUUUGCCCCAGAUACAGGGCGAUGUAAAGAACUAGCUUUGAAGUAGAAAAUAAACGAAAAUAUAAUGAGGCGUAAAUAAGUACGAGGAUAGCGAUGGUGCUAGGUAGAAAAGUAGGGGCGAAGAGAAAUCUAACGAGAAAAUACGGAAGGAUUCGAAGCGGAGGUGACAUCGAAAAAGGCCACGCCUGUAGGUGGGAUUUUUCUAUUGCGAAUACUCACGUAUACGUAAGGAUGUAAUUGGCUUGUCGCGACUACCUAAAACUCAAACUGUAAAGUACAUUCGAUAUGCCAUGCAGAAAUCCUUCCUUGUGAGGAGACUAAGACGUGAUGGUGAAGUUCCUU